CAUAAUAAUAGAGGGGCGUGACCAGGGCGAGCGGCGGCGGCGGGGUGCUGACCGAGGGGUGCAGUGAGACCCCCACCCAUGGCCCACAGCACCAAGCAGCCGCCCACCGCUGUGCUACAUGCCACGGGCAAGGCUCAGCAUGGGAACUUUCUGGUGGCCAUCAAGCAGGAGAAGGGAGAGUCGGCACGGAUGGGUGGUGAGAAGCCACACGGCGAGGAGGAGCCGGUGAAGAAGAGGGGCUGGCCCAAGGGGAAGAAGAGGAAGAAGAUCCUCCCCAACGGCCCCAAAGCCCCCGUGACGGGCUACGUGCGCUUCCUGAACGAGCGGCGCGAGCAGAUCCGCACCCAGCACCCCGACCUGCCCUUCCCGGAGAUCACCAAGAUGCUGGGAGCGGAGUGGAGCAAACUGCAGCUCUCGGAGAAGCAGCGGUACCUGGACGAGGCGGAGCGGGAGAAGCAGCAGUACAUGAAGGAGCUGCGGGAAUACCAGCAGUCAGAGGCCUACAAGAUGUGCACAGAGAAGAUCCAGGAGAAAAAGAUCAAAAAAGAGGAUGCAGGUUCUGCGGGUGUGAACACCCUGCUCAACGGGCACAAGGCUGGCGAGUGCAGCGACACCUUCUCCACUUUCGAUGUGCCCAUCUUCACUGAGGAGUUCUUGGACCAAAACAAAGCCCGGGAGGCUGAGCUGCGGCGCCUGCGGAAGAUGAACACGGAGUUCGAGGAGCAGAAUGCCAUCCUGCAGAAGCACACGGAGAGCAUGAACUGCGCCAAGGAGAAGCUGGAGCAGGAGCUGGCGCAGGAGGAGCGGCAGACCCUGGCCCUGCAGCAGCAGCUCCAGUCGGUGCGGCAGGCCCUGACCGCCAGCUUCUCCUCCCUGCCCAUCCCCGGCACCGGGGAGACCCCCACGCUGAGCACCCUGGACUUCUACAUGGCCAAACUGCACAGUGCCAUCGAGAGCAACCCCCUGCAGCACGAGCCGCUGGUGCUGCGCGUCAAGGAGAUCCUGUCCCGGAUCGCCAGUGAACACUUGUGAGAGGACCAGUCCCUCUGGAGCCUGCGGCUGGCUGGACCCUGUCCCUGUCCCUUGGAGCUCACGCAAGGGACAGUCUCUGCCGGGGGUCCAGCUGCUUCCCCCCCACCCCUCGCACCUUCAGCGUGAGCUGGGACCCCCCAGCCCAGAGCACCCGACCCUGCGGCUGCACCGGCUCCAGAGACCUCGAGCUUCGGGGGAGAGGUGGUGACAGAGCUGAGAGCCCAUCCAGUGUGGUGCUGGGUGAGGGGUCACUGGUGGUGUGAGCAACCCCCACUCUCCCAGGAGCCCCCCAGCUCUGCCUUGCUCAACCAGGGGCUCCCCAAAGCCUGAUGGGGAGGUGCUGGCGGGUUCUGGCCUGGAGUGAACUCGACUCUUCCAGGGUGACCUGGGGCUGUGGUGCUGGGGGGGCAGCAGGGGAUGACCAGGAGUCCCUGGGGAG